AUGGUUGGAGGAGGAGUAAUCCAGCAAAUCCUAAGGAGGAAGCUUCACUCCCAAUCAGUUGUAACUCCAGUGCGGUCGUGGUUAUCUUCGAAGAAAGCUCAUGAGGAAGCUGGGUCUUCUGGUGUAAGAGCACUUGCCCUCUUGGGUGCUGGUGUUACUGGGCUGUUGAGUUUUUCUACAGUAGCUUCUGCUGAUGAGGCCGAACACGGACUGGAGUGUCCAGACUACCCUUGGCCUCAUGAAGGCAUUCUCAGCUCAUAUGACCAUGCUUCGAUCCGUCGUGGGCAUCAAGUUUAUCAGCAAGUAUGUGCAUCUUGCCAUUCCAUGUCUCUGAUCUCAUACCGAGACUUGGUGGGUGUUGCCUACACAGAGGAAGAGGCAAAGGCCAUGGCAGCUGAAAUCGAGGUAGUUGAUGGACCUAAUGAUGAGGGUGAGAUGUUCACCCGUCCUGGUAAACUCAGUGACCGGUUGCCUCAACCAUAUGCCAAUGAAUCUGCUGCAAGGUUUGCUAAUGGUGGAGCGUAUCCUCCUGAUCUAAGUCUUAUCACUAAGGCACGUCACAACGGUCAAAAUUACGUCUUUGCUCUUCUGACCGGUUACCGUGAUCCUCCUGCUGGCAUUUCGAUAAGGGAGGGGCUACACUACAAUCCUUAUUUCCCUGGGGGAGCAAUUGCUAUGCCCAAAAUGCUCAAUGAUGAAGCUGUUGAGUAUGAAGAUGGCGUCCCUGCCACUGAGGCACAGAUGGGUAAAGAUGUUGUAUCAUUCUUGUCUUGGGCAGCUGAACCAGAAAUGGAAGAGAGGAAAUUGAUGGGUUUCAAAUGGAUAUUCCUACUCUCUCUCGCUCUGCUCCAAGCAGCGUACUACAGGCGACUGAGAUGGUCGGUUCUCAAGUCCCGCAAGCUGGUUCUCGACGUGGUGAACUAA